UACAUCAGCAAGUUCACACCGGGACAAGGACAUUCACCUCUUCUGUGUGUGGGAAGGGAUUCAGUCGGUCUUCCCACCUGUGGACACACUGGUCAGUUCACACUGGGCAGAGGCUGGUCAUCUGCUGAAUUUGUGGGGAAGGAUUCACUCGGUCAUCUGACCUAAUGGCUCACCAGUCAGUUCACACCGGGGAGUGGCCGUUCUCUUGCUCGGACUGUGGGAAGAGAUUCACUUGCUCAUCUAAACUGAAGGUACAUCAGAGAGUUCACACUGGAGAGAGGCCGUUCACCUGCUCAGUCUGUGGGAAGAGAUUCACUCAGUCAUCCAACCUACAGAGUCACCAACGAGUUCACACUGGGGAGAAGUCAUUCACCUGCAAAGACUGUGGAAAGGGAUUCACUAAGUCAUCCACCCUAUUGGCACACCAGUACGUUCAUACUGGGGAGAGGCCAUUCACCUGCUCAGAAUGUGGGAAAGGAUGCACUCAGUCAUCUGAUCUGCUGGUACACCAGCGAGUUCAUACUGGGGAGAGGCCAUUCACCUGCUCAGACUGUGGGAAGGGAUUCAAUCAGUCAUCUCACCUACUGACACACCAGUCAGUUCACACUGGGGAGAGGCCAUUCACCUGCUCAGAAUGUGGGAAAGGAUGCACUCAGUCAUCUGAUCUGCUUGUACACCAGCGAGUUCAUACUGGGGAGAGGCCAUUCACCUGCUCAGACUGUGGGAAAAUAUUCAGUCAUUCAUCCAACCUAAUGGCGCACCAGCGAGUUCACACUGGGGAGAGGCUGUUUACCUGCUCAUUCUGUGGGAAGAGAUUCACUCGGUCAUCUAACCUAAUGGUGCACCAGCGAGUUCACACUGGAGACAGGCCGUUCACCUGCUCAGAGUGUGGAAAGGGAUUCACUCGGGCAUCUCACCUACUGACACACCAGUCAGUUCACACUAGGGAGAGGCCGUUCACCUGCUCGGUCUGUGGAAAGGGAUUCACUCGGGCAUCUCACCUACUGACACAUCAGCGAGUUCACACUGGGGAGAGGCCGAUCACCUGCUCAGACUGUGGGCAGGGAUUCACUCGGGCAUCUCACCUACUGAGACACCAGUCAGUUCACACUGGGGAGAGGCCAUUCACCUGCUCAGAAUGUGGCAAGGGAUUCACUCGGUCAUCUAAUCUGCUGGCACACCAGCGAGUUCACACUGGGGAGAGGCUGUUUACCUGCUCAGUCUGUGGGAAGAGAUUCACUCGGUCAUCCAACCUAAUGGUGCACCAGCGAGUUCAUACUGGAGACAGGCCAUUCACCUGCUCAGACUGUGGGAAGGCAUUCACACAUUCAUCCAACCUACAGAGACACCAGCAUGUUCACAGUGGGGAGAGGCCAUUCACCUGCUCAGACUGUGGGAAGGGAUUCACUCGGGCAUCUCACCUACUGAGACACCAGUCAGUUCACACUGGGUAGAGGCCAGUCACCUGCUCAGACUUUGGGAAGAGAUUCUCUCAGUCACCUCAACUGUAUGUGCAUCAUUCAGUUCAUACUGGGGAGAGGCCGGUCAAGUGCUGUGAAUGUGGGAAGAGAUUCACUUAGUAAUCUAACCUUGUGACAUAUUACCGGGUUCACACUUGGGAGAAAGUUUCAAUAAGCUGUAUGCUGGACAUUUGUCUAUCACUGUUGCUGAUGCAAUUUCGAGAGUGACUGUCGGUGCUGAACUCUGCAAUUAUUGCUGCUGCUCACCACACCCAGUUCUGCACCCUGGUCACUGGGCAUGGGAGGAGUUUAUUCUGCUGCAUAUUCACCUUUAAUGGGACUGGAGUUUAA